AUGUACGUCUUCGGCGGCUGGGUGCCCCUCGUCAUGGACGACGUCAAGGUGGCCACGCACGAGAAGGAGUGGAAGUGCACCAACACCCUGGCGUGCCUCAACCUGGACUCCAUGGCGUGGGAGCCGCUCGUGACGGACCCGCUGGAGGACAACGUGCCGCGGGCGCGCGCCGGCCACUGCGCCGUGGCCAUCGCCACGCGCCUCUACAUCUGGAGCGGCCGCGACGGCUACCGCAAGGCCUGGAACAACCAGGUGUGCUGCAAGGACCUCUGGUACCUGGAGACCGAGCGGCCGGCGGCGCCGGGCCGCGUGCAGCUCGUGCGCGCCAACACGGCCUCGCUGGAGGUGAGCUGGGGCGCCGUGCCCGCCGCCGACGCCUACCUGCUGCAGCUGCAGAA